GGUUAUUAUCACUUUGUUCAGCAGACAUCUCUGCUCCUUUAUGCACUUGGUUUCUGUUAGGGACAUGUUUUACACGUGUUACUGCGUAUAUAGAUGUGUUGCUAGGUGUGUACUGGGUGUGUUACAGUACAUUCCUCUGUUGACAGUAGACAGAUUUUGCACAACAGAUAUCACUGAAAGGUACAUUUGAAUUGAAUUUACAUCUAUAAAAAAAUACUGCUGCAGGGGAAACUGCAGACUUCAGAGUAAAACCAACUCUUCUCAGAUCAGUCCUGCAGCACAGGUGGAGCCGUCAGUCAGUCGUAACACAUCUGUAACUGUUGCCUAGGUCUACAACGUCACAGACUGUUACAGCUUACAGGCUGCACUGUGUUAAUGUGACAGUAGAUAAAUACACAUCAAGUAUCUGUGAAACCACUGGAGUACCCAGGAAUGUUUCUCUCACACAUGCACACGUGCACAUGCCAAAACUACAUGGCACACUUUCUUCAUCUGCCCUGGUGUGGGUGGAACCACUGCAGUCAAAUCAAACAAAAACAGCCGCACAACGUGUUUGACAGCAGACAGUGGAGGAUCAGCUGAUGAACAACAGAACAGAAAGUAACAGUGGUGAAGAAAAUGCUGCUCAGUCUGACGCUGAUCUCACUCUUCUUCACUCCAGGUUUAUCGCUGGAGUGUUACGUGUGCAGCUCUUCUACCACCAAUGAACAAUGUAACAGCAACACUGCAGAAUGUGAAACACCUUUGGACACGUGCAUGACAUCAAUCGACAUUUUAGGUAUAGCCAAGGCCAUAGUGAAACAAUGUGCCAGUCGGGCCACAUGUCAAGGAGCCGCUUCGACAGCCUCUCUUGACGAGAACGGGAACGGAAACAUCGUCAACUGUUGCAACGGCUACAACCUGUGUAACUUCAGUGGAGCGGAGUCCGUUCGUUUCCACGUUUCACUCCUGCUUCUCACUCUGGCCGUUGUUCGACUGUUGUCACUGUGAGAUCAGUGUAGCUCAGUUAGUCUGAUGCUCUGUGGAGGGGAGACUGGGAACUUUGAUAGGAAACGCUUGAUUAGUGAGUAAUGCAAUAUUUAAAUAAAAAUAUUAAAAUAAAUUAACAUGUAUUUAAAGUUAUGCCAUAAAUGCACUGAUCCUCUGUUAAAGUCCGCCCUGUAACUGUAUAUUAUGAUGUUAUGUAGGACAUUUUUAUAAAUGUGACCAUUGUUUACAGUAGCCUUUUUAAAAUCAAUUUGUGGACAAAAUAUGACAAAAAUAAUGUCAAUGAUAAGAAAGCUAACAAAGUUAGGUUGAAGAUAAUAUAAGUCUACACAUUUUACUGAGCUAACCUAGAAAAAGGUUCGACGCUGGCUAUUAAAGUAAGAGGUGGGUUAUAGGUAGGUUAGCUUAGUGCAGCCACAAUUAGCCAUUUUAGGCUAAUUGUUUAGCCGUAAAUAAACCAUAAUAUAGGCUAAAAUCAACAGAAAUGAAAUGUUAACCUAAAAGAUUAAUAAAAUUAAAAAAGACCCAAUGAUGUUAGGCAUAUUUGAUGAAAGAAAUUUCAUUUCAUUUCAUUCAAAAGGCUAAUUCUUUCCCCUGCCUAUAUACCUGAUGCUGAAAUUGUUGAGAUGAAAGUUGAAGCUCUGCAGCUGCUGUAAAUAUUCCAUAAAAAUAAAAAUGUCCAACCCUGAAACUUGCACUUUCACAAAAUAUAGAUUCCAGACUAUUUUUUUAUUUUAUCAUUAUUUUUAUUUUAUUAUUUUUUCUCCUAUUUAACAAGAUGGUAGACUGAGCCCAGCAGAUAAAAUAA